AUGCAAGAAGACGAGAUUGUUGGCACAUUUAAAUGGAAGAAAGAAGGAGAAUCACAAAAAGGCUCACGACCCGUUAAAGCUUCGCAUAAUCCGACUUACUCGUUUGAUCCCAAAAGAAGUAAUUUAACUGAAGUUGAGUGUUUUAGGUUGUUUUUUUGUGAAGAGAUAACAAAUAACCUUUUAUUGUUUUCAAAUAAAAAAAUAGCCAAAGAACAUAAGACUGAUGAUAACAAACUUUCUAAAACGAGCAUCCUGAGGUACCUAGGAAUUCUUCUCUACAUGGAAACUCACCAUGAUGUCAUUAAUCCCGUGGAAGAGCUUUGGUCAAUCGACCACGGAAAAUCUAUUUAUAGAAAUAGCAUGCCACGUGACAUGUUUAAAUUCAUUUCUUCACACAUCGAAACUUACGAUGUGGACCAGCCAGAUGAUGUUUGUGAUGAUACAUCAGAAACUUCAGAUGAUGGGGAUGUCGAAGAGAAAGAGGAAGCUGACAACGGACCAGUAGGAGAGUAUUUCAACUGCGCGGGAAUAUUCAGAUCGAGAUUUCAGAGAUAUCUCUUACAUCUUUAUUCGUCUCCUUAUUUAUUUUAUGUUGUCGAACUUUAUUCCGUCCAUUAUUAA